GAAAGCAGGUUCAAACGAAAUAACCCUGUAACACAUUUUUCUCAUUCUGAAUUUUCUUGCUUUUCCACUUCAGUAUAAAAAAUCAUGGCAGGAGGACUGACAGAUGAUCAGAUUGCUGAAUUCCAUGAAGCCUUUAGCCUCAUUGACAAGGAUUCUGAUGGAUUCAUUACUGUGGAUGAAUUGACAACCAUUAUCCGAUCAUUAGAAGGGAAUCCAACGAAAGAAGAAAUCCAAAACAUGAUUAGUGAGGUCGAUAUUGAUGGGAAUGGGAGUAUAGAUUUUGAAGAGUUCUUGAAUAUUAUGGGAAGAAAAAUGAAGGAAACUUUAGCUGAAGAGCUGAAAGAAGCAUUCAAAGUAUUUGAUAGAGAUCAAAAUGGAUACAUAUCCGCCACUGAGCUGAGGCACGUAAUGACGAAUUUGGGAGAGAGGCUGACAGGUGAAGAGGCAGAACAAAUGAUUAUGGAGGCAGAUUUGGAUGGGGAUGGUCAAGUUAGUUUUGAAGAAUUUGCAAGGAUUAUGAUGCUCAAAUGAUUUCAUUUGUAAAUACUACUUUUCUUUUCUUUUAAUAUUCCUCUGUACAAUCAAUGGCUAAUGUUGUUGAAAUGUCACUUCUAUGGUCUGCGCGUA